GGAGUAUGUCCUGCCCUCUCGGCUUUGACAAUUGAUUCUCAGCUUGCGCAUCUGUAUUUGGUGAGCCGUAGCUCAUCGGCGCGGAAACGGCGCAGAGAGGAUCGGAAGGAGGCAAUGAAGGAGAAAGCUUCUACCAUGUCUUCAACCUCCCUACCUGCACAGGAACUCGUCCUCUCAGUAGUCAUAUCGAUGCCCACAUCACACUCAGCGGUAGAAGGCGGAUUAGGAGACCUAUUUUUUGGUACGACUACCAUGCCUUGGGCCUCUCUGACAAUAGACGAACAUGAGGAGACUGUCGAGGUUACAGCGUUGAUACUGUUGGACAUUGAAUAUUACAGAAAAAAAGAAAAUAAUGAUAGCGAUAUGGUUGAGGAAAGAGCUUUACCGCCCAAACGAAUCGCAAGACCUGAUAAGACUCAAAUGGCCAUCAGUACACUUGUAAAGUUCUGUGAGCGUUACGUUACAUACGAGAUAUUCGGGAUAAUGUUAGUGGACCGGGGCAAGUGCUAUAAAGGGUCAACUAAGCAAGGACUGGCAUUCAUUUCAGAAUCCAUAGGCGAUGGAACUCACCGUCGUCAUUUGCUACUAAAAUUAUAUCUCCAAAUUUUUGCAAUCAGAAUUCCAGACGAGAUGUUGUUAGGCGUAGAGAUUGCCGAAUGGAUCGCUUAUUGUGCAGACGAAUGA